AUGGAAGGGCCCCGCAGGUUCCGCCAUGGCCGCGGCGGAAGGGGCGGGCGGCAGGGGCGGGUCCUGCCCCGGGGCGGGCCCGGCAGCCUCGCCAUGGUGAACCUGGGAGUGCGGCGGGUGGAGGAUGAUGUGGCCGCCAAGCACCCGGCGCUGCAGCAGUACGCGGCUUGUCAGUCUCACGCCUUCAUGAAGGGCAUCGGCACCUUCUUGGCAGGCAGCGGGGCUGCCUUCGCGGUGCAGAAGAUGGCGCGGCAGAAGCUGCCAUACAGCCUGCAGUGGAGCCUGCUGUUGGCUGCCGGGCUCAGGAGGGUUCGGGGCAGUAGGUGCUGUCCCCACCGUGGUGCUGCUGGCACUCCCAGGAGCACCUCGGCCGCCCCAGCUACAGGGUCCCUCGGAAGCUACGUGGUAACCAGAGCCGAGACGCAGAAAUGCUCCAACUUUUGGAUUUAUCUGGAGACAGGCAAGUCCCCACAAGAGCUCGCCGUGACUGGUGGGGUGUCUCAGCCCACAGAAAACCUCCUUAGUGCAGAAGACGGGGACGGCGCUGCAACACUGGUGAGGAAGAACAGGUAUGGUGACGUGGUGGACUAGCCAGCAGAGCAUAGCCUGCUGUGUCUGUGUCUCACUUCACCCCUUCCUGUUUGCCCAACCUGAUGCUGCCCAUGCUGCCUGUGAGGGUGGUGGGCUUGGUGACACUUCUGGAAAGCUCAGAGGACUUGAUCCUGCCAGAGCAAGCGUGGUGGAGGCACCUCAGGGAUUGCUGCCUGCCCCAAGGCCUCUGAACUUCGCACUGGGGGUACAAUUAAAGUUGAGAGCUGAAUGCA